CAGUCAGCUGUUGGAGUAAAACGUAAACAAAGUGAGUUCUCAGGGCUUUUUCCUGGGGAUUUUUUUUUCACGUGGAUUUUAGCAAUGAAUUCCGAAGAUGAUAGUAUAAUUUGUAGUGAUACGGCUAAACCUAGGAAAAUAAAGCCACAGAAUAUUGUGAAUCGACUAAUUGAGCGGGAAACGUGGGGUUUUCGGAGGCCCGGGAGCAAUAUUUACAAUGUCAAGAGAUUCUAUCAGAAUAUCUUCCCGAAUUUAACUGUUGUGAAUGUUGAGAAACCUGCAUGCUUUCUCAGGAAGUUCACACCAGAUGGGAAAUACCUGAUAGCCUUCUCCUUUGACCAGACAUCGCUGGAAAUCUACAAGUAUCAGGGUGUAACUUCAGCACUGGCCCUAACUUACUCCUGGGAAUCGGAUAUUAUUCCGAAUUCAGAGUCUGGAGUGCCCAAUCUCGUGCGGCAUAUGAUCUUCGAUAAGCUGUUUAAGCUGAAGCAUGUGGUAAAUAUGACAUGUACUUACAAACAAUUGAACAGGGAAUGCAGUUUAUUCACGAAUGACGGGAGAUAUGUGAUUGUGGGAGCUGCAACGUUCAUCCCGGAGGAUCGACCGUAUUUCUACGAGAUGUACAGGAACAAUGAGUCCCUGACACCAACACAGAGGUGCCCACUUGAAGACUAUACCCUGUACGUUGUGGAUUUGCACAAUGGUUGCCUCUCGGACUACAGGGACUUCAAAGUGGACAAGAUCUUUCUGUCACACAAUCAGGGACUCUAUUUGUACAACAACACACUGGCUGUACUUUCGGUCCAGCACCAGCUGAUCCAUAUAUUUGAGGUGCAUCGCGGGAAGUUGCACAGAUUGCGAACAAUUGGGAGGUUCUGCUGUGGAGAACCUCCUCCCACGCGGCAGCUUUACACCGAACGGGCAGAGCCUCCGCCCUUCCGGGAAGUCGCAAUAAACACCCUCAAGCACCGUUUGCUGGUGUUUCUAUUCCGCCGUGCCAAGCACCUCCACGAUCACUUUGGAGACAAACUUGCUCUGCGGAAAUUCUACCAACAUUUCGAUCACUAUCGUCAGCUGCGAAUGUGGAAGAUGCAGCUCUUGGACGAUGAUCAUCUCUUGAUUAAAUAUUCAAGUGAAGAAGUUGUUACGCUUAAGCAUGCAGAACCCAGCAGUCAACCCUGUUUCUUUGUCAUUUACAACAUUUGGGAGACGAGAGUCCUAGCUGUCUAUGACAAUCACUCUGAGGAUCUCCUGUAUCUCUUUGAGAACUUCUGCGAUCACUUUCGCAAUGCCAAGGCCAACUCAGGUUUCCAGUACACAGCAUCUCCGUCCAAUAAUAUGUACGCCAGGCUCAUCCAGCAGCGAUUUCAGCAGACAAUUAUGAAUGCCAAGGGAGGCGGAAAGGUAGAAGCCACAAAGAGGAUUCUAGCACAGCUGCCCAUCAGUUCACAGAGCUUCAGCAGCUCGCCCUACCUCGAUCUCUCGCUGUACAGCUACGACGAUAAGCUGGUGUCUGUGAUGGAGAGACCCAAAGCCUGCACAGAGUAUCCCAUUAGAUUCUUCGCCAGAGAUUCGGGAUUGCUGAAGUUUAGGAUCUUCCCGGGGCUUCAGGGGAAGUAUUUGCAGCCGUCGUCGAGGCAUCUCGUGGCCUUCACCUUUCAUCCAACAGAUCCAUUCGCCAUCAGUGUCCAGCGCAUCAACACAGAUUACAUCGUCAAUUUUCACAUUCGUAGUGCCACUUAGAAGAUCAGAGACAAUAAAGAACUCGGGAAACCGGGAUGAUUUGCUGGGAAUU